AUGGGUUUCCUUUAUUCACAGUUCUUCAUUACUCCCAAGUAUCCAACAGAGUCUUUCGCAGAUCAGACGGUGCUCAUCACCGGCGCGAAUGUCGGCUUAGGGCUGGAAGCUGCACGUCACAUCACGCGACUCGGCGCAGCAAAAGUCAUCCUUGGUGUUCGAAAUGUGACUGCAGGCGAAGAAGCAAAACAUGACAUUGAGAAGUCUACAGGCCGCCCAGGCGUCUGUGAAGUGUGGGAGGUCGAUCUGUCUUCCCACGCCUCGGUCUCUGCCUUUAGCGAGCGCGCCUCAAAGCUUCCCCAGCUUGACGUAGCCAUCCUCAACGCCGCAAUCGCCACCGGAGAAUUCAGCAUUGCCGAAGGCUAUGAGCGAAGUGUCACUGUCAAUGUCAUCAACAGUCUAUCCCUCGGCCUGCUCCUCCUGCCAACCUUGAAAGCCACACGACGAAAGAACACAUCGCGCACGCCGCGACUUACCUUCGUUGUAAGCGAGGUACAUGGUUGGGUGAAUUUCCCAGAAUGGAAGGAAGACGAGCCAAUGAAGUUUGUCAGCGACCAAACAAGAGCCAAGAUGACCGAGCGGUACCCAUUAUCGAAGUUAUUGGAGGUGCUGCUUGUGCAGGAACUAGCGGACCGGGUGCGUGAAUCCGAGGUGAUCGUCAAUAUGUUGAACCCUGGUCUCUGCCAUUCAAAGCUAGGGCGAGAGUCUGGCUUUUGGUUCCAACUGGUUAAGCUGAUAUUAGCACGCUCCACUGAGGUUGGAUCUCGAACGCUGGUGGCGGGCGCUGCGGCUGGAGUCGAAAGCCACGGCGCAUAUAUGACAGAUGGAGUUGUGGACAACACUGCGCUUUCACCUUUCGUGCGAAGUGAUGAGGGGCGCCAAGCCCAUGAGAAACUAUGGGCUGAGCUGUCGUCGAUCCUUGAGGGUGUUCAUCCUGGGAUUAUGCAGAAUGUGUGA